AGAAGAGGAAGAAGUAAGUGGACGAAUUUAACAAUGUCAAAUAAUUCAUUAACUACAACAACUCGAUUAAGGAUAAAAGAACCAAUAUAUACAUCUGAUAAACGAGCCAAAUUUACGCAACGAGAAAGUAAAAAAUGGAUACGAUGCUGUACAGUAAUAGGCUAUAUAUUUUUUGUGUCAUUACCAGCAACAUCAAUGAGUAUUUAUUAUAUAUGGAUUUGGAAUCCUGAUUAUGUCAGCAGGUUUCCACCUGACAAGAAUCGCACACUGAAGACCGACUAUACUACUAAACCAAUGUCAACAGUAAGACAAGGCGGUCGAUCAAGGUAUAAACAGGAUCUACUCAAAGAAAGCAACACUAGCAGCAGGAAUGAUAAAACCCUGAUUAGAGCAUCGCAGUAUCCUUCAUUCAUCAGAACAACUGAACGAUUUUUGGCACAGAAGCCGCUUAAAGUAUCGCAUAAAAUAUCACAACAUAUGGAAUCAUCUAAUACUGCAGAUGAGCGGCUGAAAAUAAAAUCAGAUUGGUUAUAGUAUUCACCAAUUCCGAACAUCAGUCCAUAGCAGCCUUCUAGUAUGAAAGCAUGUCGAUUGCAAAAUUAAAUGAUGGCGAAGCAUUUUCGACUAUAUACAAAAUCGAUUCCAAAAAAACAUAAGGAAUUACAAAACAAGAUCAAACUGAGGUAUAAUGGCAAUUACUUCAUGAUUUUUCUUUUAAUAAAUUUUGUCAAAAUAGGUGAAAAUGACUUGUUUCAUCCGCCUACUAAUCCCAUAACAGAAAAACAUUUCCGAUUACUUAUGCUUCUGAUAAGUGAUAUAGGAGUUAAUAUGAAACACAUGAACUGAAACACAGAAAUUCUAGAAAAAUUAAUAUGAAAUCUGCCUGCGAUUAGCGAACAUAAGAUUUGUACAUUUCAU